AUGCUGCGCUCCACGGGUGUCUCGCUGUACUACCGCGCCACAGCGGAGCUGGACCGGCUGCGGGGCAUGCUGCGCGGUCGUGCACGGCUGGAGCGCAAGGUCGGGUUGAAGCGCAUUACCUUCCUUAUGCGCACUCAGACCCGCUACCGUGUGGAGCACAAGGCCCACUGGGAGCGCGCCAUUGUGCGCAAAAACGUCGAUAGCGCCGCUCACGAGCACGGCAGUGGGUGGCAGCACCUCCGCAAUGACCUGGCUCGGCAGAAUUUGAUGCUGCUGCCCCACACCCAGCAGCAGCUGGCUCAGUAUGAGCCCCUGGCAUUUCGCGCUGUGAUGGAGCUCUGCGCCUCGCGUGUGGCACCGCCGCCACCGCCGAUGACGGCUCAGGUGCCGGAGGAGGCCUACGCGACGCGCCCAGAGGAUCCGAAAGUGGCGCACCCGGCGGCGAGACGGCAGCUGAAGGAGUGUGUCGAGCGUAUGCUAUGCACCGGCCGCUCCGAGGCGCUGCAGGGAGAAGGUCCGCGCACAACGCAGGCGUGGAUGGACGCGUGGAAAGAGUACGACCUUGGUUCGGCGGCGCAGAAGUGA